GGUUAGGACUGGUUGGUACGAUGGGGGACGCCUGUACUGAACCCUGGCUGGGGCUGAGAAACCUGAGCUGUAGCUUCUGGGACUAUGACACCGCCCUCUCGGACAGCCAGGAUUUCACGGCGGACCGGGGUUUCGAGGUGGCUCGGACCGUGGUGGGGGCAGCUCUGGUCGGCAUCAUGCUGGUGUGUGGGCUCGGUAACUUGCUGUUUAUUGUGAGCCUGGCUCGCUGUAGGCAGCGCCGCAGUCUGACCAGCCUCCUGCUCGCUAACCUGGCCGUCUCUGACCUGCUGGUGGCUGUACUCUGCUGCCCCUUCGAGAUGGAUUACUACGUGAUCAAGCAGCUGUCCUGGGAGCACGGCCACACUCUGUGCGCCUCGGUCAACUACCUCCGCACCGCCUCCCUGUCUGUGUCCACCAACGCCCUGCUGGCCAUCGCCAUCGACCGAUAUCUAGCCAUUGUGCAUCCCCUGAAGCCCCGAAUGAAGUACCAGACUGCCUACGUGCUGAUCGGCCUGGUGUGGGUUGCUUCUCUGCUUAUGGCCAUCCCCUCCGCCUACUUCACUGCCGAGACCACCAUCCCACACUCCAGCUCACAGAACAAGAUCUUCUGUGGGCAGAUCUGGCCAACAGAGCAGCAGGUCUCCUACAAAUCCUACUCCCUCUUCAUCUUCGUCCUGCAGUUCCUGGGUCCCUCGCUGAGCAUGGGUCUCUGCUACACCAAGAUCUCCCGAGAGCUGUGGUUUAAGAGUAUUCCCGGGUUCCAAACUGAGCAGAUACGGAGGAGGCUGAAGUGUAGGAGGAAGACUGUGUUGGUGCUCAUGGGCAUACUGACAAUUUACAUCCUCUGCUGGGCUCCCUAUUAUGCCUUCACCAUAGUUCGUGAUUUCUACCCCACGCUGGUCUUAAAGCAGAAACACUACAUUACAGUCUUCUACGUUGUCGAAUGCAUUGCCAUGAGCAACAGUAUGAUCAACACCAUGUGCUUUGUCACUGUCAAAAGCAACACCGUGAAAUACUUCAAGAAGAUGAUUCUGUUAAGGCUUAGAUCCACUUCUGGUGGCAGUAGCAAAUCAGCCCAAGACCAAGAUCUGAAAACAACUGGGAUUCCAGGGUCAGAUGAAAUUGAGCAAAUGCAAUUCCAGUAG